CGUGACGAGUCAAGCUUCAGGGUUUUCGUUGGGUCUUCAUGUUGGGUUUGAGGAUGUGGAAUUAAGUUUUAACAAGACUUCUAAUGUAGUUCUUUUCCGAGUAGGCCCUUCGUCAUAGGGCUGUGCAUCCAGACCGUCGAAAUCUGUUGACUUGUCGGUACGAUGACGGGAACCCGAACUCAUCUUUACCAGCGUGGUACAUUUCGGAAAUGCCGGUUAACUUCGAGUCGAUUGGGUUUCAUUCUGAUUGUUCUUAGCUUUAUUUGGGGAAUGUAUCUCAUUCAAGUGCAACUGAAUGAAAGACAAUCGCAGUCUGAAUACUUAAAGGAGAAAAUUAUUGCAUUAUCGAAGGAAUACAUCGAUGCAGUCGCGAAGGAGAAAGGCUUACAUUCAUCGGAGUUAGGAACUAAUGGGGAAGUUGAAGUCCGUGAGAUGAAAAAGGCUACUGCAAUUCUUCUUCAAAAUAUGCUAUCAAGGAUAAAGAAUCUUGAGAAACAAGUUGAAAAUGUGAUCAUAAACAGUACUUCGGAAUUCCAGCAUCUCACAAAAGCCAUCAAGUCCCUAAACAGAACAAUCAAUAAUAUUACAAGAGUAUCAGAAGAGGAAGGCUGUUACAUCCCAGAUAACCCUGCAUAUCCUGAAUGUGGCAAAAAAGUAAAUUGGAUUAGAGAGCACUGGAAAUCAGACCCGAAGUUUAUUAAACAUGGUGUGAAUGACAGUUUAUGUUCUAUCCUCAAUUAUCUCAGUGAGGUUGAGCAUUGGUGUCCCAAAGAUUAUAAAGGUCAUAAAAGAAAAUCAGAGGUGGAGAAAUGUGUCAUUCCAUCUGAUCCUGCCUUUCCACACUGCAGCGAUAAAGUCCAGUGGAUGCAGAACUUCUGGCAAUCUGACAUGAGGUACGCCGGUCACGGGGUGGAUGGAAGUCUUUGUUCAUUUCUGAAAUAUCUGAGUGAGGUGGAGAAUUUCUGUCCCUUACGUAGUGGUGGACAUGUGAGUAAUGACUGUGAAAUCCCAACUGACAAGAAGUUCCCAGAGUGUCCCAGCAAAAUUGCUUGGAUGAGGCAGUUCUGGAAAACUGAUAAGUGCUACAAAGAGGACCAUGGUGUCAAUGGAAGUAUCUGCUCUUUUAUUGUUUAUUUAAGUGAGGUGGAGAGAUGGUGCCCUUUAUUGCCAGGAAGAAGAGUGCCAAGUGAUUUACCAAAAUUAAACCAAUUGGCUGAUGUCACAAGGACAAAUGUACAAAGCCUUUUGAAUCUCUUAACGGAUGAAAAAGGUCUGAAAUUUCGUUGGAUUAAAGCAAGGAUUGUACAGAUGUGGCCUCAUUGGCAAACAGCAUUUUCAGCCUUAAAAAUCAAAAGAGAUUUCUCAAAAACAGUUAAAAAGAAGAUUUUAAUCCAUAUUGGACUGUUGUCAAAUGAAAACAAGCUUCACUUUGCCGAAGAGGCUGGCAAAGGUGGUCCGUUAGGGGAGCUGGUUCAGUGGAGUGACUUGAUAACUUCCCUUUACAUCCUUGGACAUGAUAUCACAGUCACUGCUGAUUUGCUCUCUGCAACAAGCGUGAUUGGGAAUAUUGUCAGCAAGAAGUUGUGUCCCCAGAAAUUGCCAAAUGAUGUGGAUCUUUUGUAUACAGAUUACAUUGGCCUCAAAGAACUAAGCACAAAAAUUGGUACUCUGUCUCCACAGUUCUUGUGCAAACUGCGUGUGGUGGACUCAUUUGGAACUGAAGCUCAGUUCAAUUUUAAUCUUUACAAGGAAAAACUCCCUGGAGGAUCUGUAGCACCUUUUGGACGAUACAACUUAAACUUGCGGCAAUUUCAGACCAUGUUCCCCCACAGUCCAGACAACACAUUUCUUGGCUUUGUUGUGAAUGCGCAGCCACCAGUAAAAAACACAGUCAGAAAGUCCAGAAGAAAAGCAAAAGCUCUCGUCUAUGGAAAGCAUGUCAACAUGUGGAAGGAUGUAAAAGAUAAAACCUUCCUCGAAGUCAUAAACAGAUACGUGGAAGUCCACGGCACUGUCGGGGGAGGGAAUUCGAAUGACAUUGCAAGCCAUUUGCCAAGUUUUGUGAUAAACCAUGGUGUGGUUACUCCAAUGGAAGUGCAGCAGCUCUUGAACGAGACAAUGGUUUUUGUGGGACUUGGUUUCCCGUAUGAGGGACCUGCGCCGUUGGAAGCAAUAGCCAAUGGAUGUUUCUUUAUAAAUCCGAAGUUUAUUCCACCGAAGAGUCGGGAAAACACGCUGUUUUUCAGAGACAAGCCCACGCUAAGACAGGUGACUUCGCAACAUCCCUAUUGCGAAGAAUUCAUCAGCAGCCCGUAUGUGUACACCAUUGACAUGAAAAAUGUGUCAGAGGUUGAACGAGUCAUGAAAGAAAUUAUGCUGAAAGAAGUCGAACCUUACUUACCUUUUGAGUUUACUCAUGAAGGAAUGUUAGAAAGAGUUAGUGCGUUGGUUCAAAAUCAGAAUUUCUGUAACCAUAAUAAUUGGCCUCCUGUAAAAGCCUUGGUAACUGUGAAAGGAGAGGCUGGAAAGUCGUGCAAACGAGUUUGUCUUUCUAAAGGUAUGGUUUGCGAACCAGAAUUCUUCAAGGCAAUCAACUCACGCACCUCACUUACAGAGAAUGGUUUUCCAUGUAACAACAGCCGUCUUGAGGAAGUACCAUCCCUCAUCGCGCCAGGUUACCGCGAGGAGCCUAGAGCCUGCAUUGUCCAGACCCAAUCCCUUUUGUUUAGCUGCACAGGAACGAGUCCGUCAACUAUGCGUUUAUGUCCGUGUAGAAAAUACAAAAAGGGACAGGUAGCAUUAUGUGAAGACUGUUGAUGGAAUGAAAUCUGUAAUUUCGUAACGAUAUAUUUAUAAUUAAUAUUUUCAAAUUAAUUUGAUAAUAUGUUAAGUAGUUUUCUAAGAUUAUUUCAUAACUCCACUUUUAUCUGGUUUAUUUAUAUAUUAUGCUUCAUACGUUGAAAUGUUAAAAAAAUCUUUUGUAAAUUUUCCUCUCUUGACUUUAAGUUAUUCGUUCAGUCAUCAUGUGAAGUUAAAAACUUUCGGUUUUCAAAAGGGAUAAAAUGGAUGAAUAUGUAAAAUAACUUUUUCUGUUGCAACCAUUGGUCAACCCAUGGGGUAGGAAAAGACUGGUAAGCAACCAUGGAGCACCAUUGGGCACCAUUGAGCACCAUGGAGCACCAUGGAGCACCAUGGACACGAUACGGUUCAUGCGAUAUUUCCUGUUGCACUUGAUUGAUCAAAAAUCACAACACAGAUGAAAGUGAGGAAUAUUGCCUGAUAUUUCAGUUUUAUACAUGUACGUUCAUUUUUUCAUUUGUUUAAAUUUGUAAAAAAUAUAAUUUAUAAAGGUUACGAGGAGGUGGACGUUGAGAGUUUUAGUGUAAAUUCUGUUUAAGCAGUUUUUUUUAAGGACAGGGUAUUUGCAGCGAAGCCCUUUGAAUGCCUGGUUAUACAUUACCAAAGAGACCUCGUUAGCUUGUAUGUUUUGUUUACCCAUUUCAGGUCUCAUGGGAAUUCCCAGCUUUACCUUUUGUAAACUAUGUGUUCAUAUGCGCGUAAAUAAGAGGAAACUCUGUGGAAACAGUAUUCUUGAGUUUUGUCACAUGACCUGAAUGGAUUAAAAAAACAUUCAAGCUAACGUGUUUUUGGAUCUUGCUUAUUAAUGUGAGUAACUGUACUUAAAUGUAGGUAAAUCCACAGAUGUAUUAAACCUAAGUCAGCAAUGUAAGUAAGUAAACAAGGUUAUUAAAUACUUUUGUAAAUAUAUUUUUUUUCUUGUAUAGUGAAUUUAAUAAUAUUUCUAAAAAGUUAAUGAGCAAAUAUAUUGUUAAGAUAGAUUUUAAAAAAAUUGACAUAAUAACCCUUGGUAAAGAACGUGUUCUGUCGGUGUCUACCAUCUUGUUUCUUUUUCUACAGCAUAUGAUAUCCUCAGACAGUGUCAAUAUGUGUAAUGUGGUUCCUGUUUCCAUUUACAACCAUUGAAAGUAACAGCGUGUCACUGUACUCGGUUUUAAAUAACUGCAAGCGUGCAAACCACUCUCCUCCCCCCACCCCUGACAAAAAAUGUAUU